UGCGCACCUACUGCUUAUGCUUAAACUAAGUGAAGAACAGAAUGGUCCUUUCUUCAAAAUCUAAAACACAAAUCAAUAUCUAAGUUAAAAGAAAGCCAAGAUAAGGUGAAUUAUAUCAUUAAAGUAAAGAAACACUACUACUCGUUGUAAUUUCAAAAAGUUUUCCUAAAAAAAAAAAAAAAAUAUUCAUCUACAAAGUUUCAUUUUACUAUUUCAUCUAAGAAUUGAAUUCUGCGAAUCCUAAAUCUUUAUUAUUGUCACUUCCUCGGGUAAUCUUACAAAUUUAUUCAACGUACUCCACUGCUUCUUAAUAAUAUAGUGGUUAGUGUACUCAAUUACUUCCACGUACUGAUAUAGUUUUAAAUUAUUAAUAAGCUGCCUCGAUCCACUAGGCAGCUUUAUCCAUGCUUACGGUCUCCAGUAGCUGGCAGAAAACUCGUGUAACUACUUCGUCUUUCCGUUUCAAUUGACUUAAAUGUCAUCUUCUCCAUUAUCUUUGGAUAUUCAUCAGUAUUUAGAUGAGUAUGAAGCAUGGGGCUUAAUUCAACGAGCUCUUUUUGUCGCUCGAUCAAAUGAACGAGUUCGUCCUCAAGCUGUAGCUAUAGCACUUAAAGAGUUGAAAUCUAAGACUUACGAUUUUGAAUUGUACAAAUCUAUUCGCGAUGAGUUUGCUUCAUCGGUUUCCGAACUGGAAGCGGAAGACACAGCGUGGAUAGAGAGUGUCACUUACAACAGAAAACAGCGACUUGACGCGCUUAUUUCUAAUUUAAAGUCUUAUAAAAUGAAUCUUAUACGAGAAUCUAUUCGUAUGGGUCAAUUAGAUCUUGCACGUUUUUUCCUAGACAUAGGACAAUUCGAAAAUGCACUUCGGGCUUUUGCAAAAGUUCGUGAAUAUUGUGUUGCCCCAGAACAAAUGGCUUACUUAUCUUUGGAUCUCAUGCGCGUUUCCCUCUAUCUUGAGAAUUAUUCUCAUGUCCUAGCUUUUGGUUCGCGCGCCAAAUCAACAAUGGAAACUGCGCCUGAAAUCAAAUCUGCAGUAUAUGCUUAUUGCGGUCUCGCACACAUGUGUCUUGGGGAAUAUAAACAUGCCCUUGACAACUUUAUGCAUGUGAAUUCUGACCUUAAAGAGUGUAUUCUUACUAAAGCCGAUCAUGCAACAUACAUGAGUUUGUGCUGCAUGGCAUGCUUUACCGCAGAAGAACUAAAAUGUACUCUUAACGACUUAGAUCAAGCUGCAAAGUUUGCAGAAAUCGAUCCUUUACUUAAGCAAUGUAUGCAAGCGAUGAACACCCGACGAUACAGUCAUAUGCGCGAUAUACUUAACUCCAAUCUACCCCUUUAUUCUAUUGACCCUUUUCUGGCCCCUCAAUUGCCCACCAUUAUGCCAUUAAUUCACCAAAAUGUUAUCAUGCAGUUCCUCUUUCCUUACUCUGACAUACAACUGAAACGUAUCUCAGAGGAAACGUCUAUUCCCGUUGCAGAGGUGGAUAAUUGCUUAACAAAACUUAUGGAAAAUGGCCUACUGGACUUGCAGUUGGACAGUAUGAACAAGACUGUUCAUCGGAGAGGAAAACUCACUGAAGAAGAACGAACACACGAAAUGGAAGACCUUGUAUCCGAGGCAUUACUUACAGCCAAAAUACUACAUCUUCAGGCUGCAGCAACACGUGCUGGAGUUCGGGCGACUGAAAAUCCAACACUCAUUCCAUAAAGUAAACUUCCGUUAAAUCCUUAAUGUUCUCAAUUAUUCUUGUGGGCAACUGUUAGUUACUUAGCAGCAGUUUUUCUUUCCUUCAUGAAUUUUUCUUGUGUAAUUUGUUGGACAGCUGAAGCAUUAGUUUUCAUACCUUUGAAUGCCAUGACUCUCAAUGCAAUAUUGUCGAAACGAUGAUACUGCGAAAACACUCCGUCUUACCUCUAACUUGAGCAUUCUUAGCAUCAAUUGCUCCUUCUAAACCCCCAAUGCUCUUUCUCAAGUAUUCACAUUUUCCCUCAUAGUACACGGCAGCUUCCUCUGCUGUCUGCAGCAAAUUAACUGUUAGUCAUGUGUUGUCGUAACACCUUUUAAAUGAUGUGUGCAAACCUUUUCAACAAAAUAACCGGUUCCAAUGUCAACGAGGACCUUGUUAUCUUUUAACUUAAAACGGCCUGGAACAUAAAGACUGGCUGUUAAAGGGACCAAAAUUUCUUUUCCUAUCCGGAACCACAUUAAUAUCAAGGACUAUGACUGAAAAAAUAAAAAGACUUUACCAUUAUUCUCAUCCUUUACCACGUUCUUAACGCAAGAAAUGCACUCAGUAAACUUAGUUAAAGCUUGAGAAAGUUGAGCACUAGAAGUCGCCAGGUAAUCAAUUUCCGAGUUCAGCUGCUUCACCAACUCGGAAAGCUGCUCUAUAGAUAGCUUUGUAAGAUCAAUAGACUGAGUUUCUGGUGUCGACAUUUGUUCUGUGUAACAAAUUAAGGC